UACCUGUGCCACACGUGACCAGAACACCGACGCGCUUCCCACUUCCGCAGCCUCCUCUAAUACCAUGGGUUGUUUUUAACGAGCUGCUGUUUGUUGUUUCGAGCGCUUGACGUGUAGGACCGGUCCGGCAGGUUUGUGCGGGACCGAGCAGGUGAGGCAGCAGGGGAACAAGGGCGGGGGAGCCGCCGCAGGAGCUCUCUACAAGCAGGAAGAAGAGGAAAACAUGGUGACAAAACGCCCGGACAUCGACUGAAACCAGGAUUCACCAUAUUCUGCCAAUCUGCAAAGGACACGGAAGAUACCUGAGGUGUUAAGAUGAAUCGGAGGCGCGUAGACUCCCAGGGUUCCCUGGAGCCUGAUGAUGAGGUCAUGCCAUAUAGUGACGAUGAGACAGAUGAUGAAUUAGAUGCAAGCACUGAUGGGGAACCAGAAGGGGAACCAGAAGAGCCACCGGGAGCCCCACAUCCCCCUGUGGAAGCUAGACCCAUUGAGAUGGGAUGGAAGGUGAAAGCCAAUGACCGACCUUAUCACCAUCUGCCAGAGUUUCAGAAAAAAGUUUUCCUGUGUAUAAAGAAGAGCCGAUACUCUGGAAACGCCAUCAAGACAUACAAGUACAACGUCCUCACCUUCCUCCCCCUGAACCUGUAUGAGCAGUUGAAGAGAGCUGCCAACCUUUAUUUCCUGGCUCUGCUCAUUCUACAGAUUAUUCCAACCAUUUCCACUCUGCCCUGGUACACCACACUGAUCCCUCUGGUUGUGGUGCUGGGAGUCACUGCCAUCAAAGACCUGGUGGAUGACCUGGCACGUCACAGGAUGGACAAGGAGAUCAACAACAGGAAGUGUGAUGUGCUGUUAGAUGGCAGGUUUCAAGAGUCAAAGUGGAGGAACAUUGAAGUUGGAGAUGUGGUUCGUCUGAAGAAGAACGACUUCAUUCCGGCUGACCUCCUGCUGUUAUCCAGCUCUAACCCAAACAGUCUGUGCUAUGUGGAAACAGCAGAGCUUGACGGAGAGACCAACCUGAAGUUUAAGAUGGGGCUUAGAGUGACUGAUGAAAGACUGCAGGGAGAACGUCAGCUGGCUGAUUUCGAUGCUCUAAUCGAGUGUGAAGAACCGAACAACCGACUGGACAAGUUCACAGGGACGAUGCUGUGGAAGAAUGACCGCUACCCUCUGGACCUGGACAACAUGCUGCUCCGAGGCUGCAAGAUCAGGAACACAGAGGAGUGCCAUGGGCUGGUCAUCUUUGCAGGAGCCGACACCAAAAUCAUGAGGAACGGCGGGAAGACGCGGUUCAAACGGACCAAAAUCGACGAGCUGAUGAACUACAUGGUUUACACAAUCUUUGUGGUGCUGAUCCUGAUAGCAGCAGGACUGGCCAUUGGUCAUGGUUUCUGGUAUCAGCAAAUCGGCUCUCAGGCCUGGUAUCUGUAUGACGGCCUGGAUCAGAAUGCCUCCUACAGAGGCUUCCUUAGCUUCUGGGGAUACAUCAUUGUCCUCAACACCAUGGUGCCCAUUUCACUAUAUGUCAGUGUGGAAGUGAUUCGUGUGGGCCAGAGUAAGUUCAUCAACUGGGACCUGCAGAUGUACUUCUCAGAAAAAGACACACCAGCUGUGGCUCGAACCACCACCCUGAACGAGCAGCUUGGUCAGAUUGAGUACAUCUUCUCCGACAAGACGGGAACUCUGACACAGAACAUCAUGCAGUUCAAGAAGUGCACCAUUGCUGGACAUACCUAUGGUGAUCCAACCACUGCUGAGGGAGUGACACUGGACCGGGGAAGGCCAGUGGACUGGAGCUGGAACAGACAAGCUGACAGAAAGUUCCCGUUCAUGGAUCAUUUCCUGGUUGCCUGCAUUCGAUCGCAGAAGGACAAGGAUGUUACAGAGUUCUUCAAACUGCUCUCCCUCUGCCAUACCGUCAUGGUGGAGAACAAAGAUGGUGAACUGGUGUACCAGGCGGCUUCUCCCGAUGAGGGUGCACUGGUGACAGCAGCUAGGAACUUUGGCUACGUAUUUCUGUCUCGUACGCAGGACACCAUCACCAUCAUGGAGAUGGAUCAGGAGAAAACCUACGAAAUGUUGGCACUGCUCGACUUCAACUCUGACCGCAAGCGCAUGUCCAUCAUCUUGAAGUUCCCCGAUGGUCGUAUUCGUCUAUACUGUAAAGGGGCUGACACUGUCAUCUAUGAGCGACUUUCUCCCAACUCCAAACACAAAGAAUCCACUCAGACAGCUCUGGACGAAUUUGCCAAUGCGACCUUGCGGACACUGUGCUUGUGUUACAAAGACAUCAGCGCAGACGAGUACGCAGCCUGGUCCAGAAAACACAAAGAUGCCCAGCUGGUCCUGGUCAACAGAGAUGCUGCCCUCGACCGUGUGUAUGAGCAGAUUGAGAACAACCUGAUGCUGAUUGGAGCAACGGCUAUUGAAGACAAACUACAGGACGGAGUGCCAGAAACCAUCGCGACACUGGCCAAGGCCGACAUCAAGAUCUGGGUCCUGACUGGAGAUAAGAAAGAAACGGCAGAGAACAUUGGAUAUUCUUGUUCACUUUUGACAGACGACAUGCAGAUCCACUACGGAGAAGACGUCAAUGAGAAACUGAGGAUUCGUCAGGCCACCAGGCGAAAUGAGCCACCAGCUUCUCUGCUCAAAAAGAGACCUGUGGAGCCUUUCUUCACUGAGCCAGGCAAAAACGCUCUCAUCAUCACCGGAGGAUGGCUAAACGAGAUUCUGUAUGAAAAGAAGAAGAAACGUCGACGUCUGCGUCUUCGCCGUCUGGGAAAGCGACCGCCUCUCACCAACCCUCAGGACGGCCAGCCCAUGAAUGACUUGGAGAAAGAGAUGAGACAGAUUGACUUUGUGGACAUGGCCUGUGAGUGCGAGGCAGUUAUCUGCUGUCGUGUCACACCCAAGCAGAAGGCUAACGUUGUGAGUUUGGUUAAGAAGUACAAGAAAGCAGUGACACUUUCCAUCGGAGAUGGAGCCAACGACGUCAACAUGAUCAAGACUGCAGACAUCGGUGUUGGUAUCAGUGGUCAGGAGGGCAUGCAGGCAGUCAUGUCCAGCGACUAUGCUUUUGCUCAGUUUCGUUAUCUAGAGCGCCUCCUGCUGGUGCAUGGACGUUGGUCAUACAUCCGAAUGUGCAAGUUCCUACGUUUCUUCUUCUUCAAGAACUUCGCCUUCACACUGGUCCACUUCUGGUACUCCUUCUUCAGCGGAUACUCCUCACAGGUCGCCUAUGAAGACUGGUUCAUCACACUCUACAAUCUCUGUUACAGCAGCUUACCUGUUCUACUAGUUGGACUUCUUGACCAGGACGUUAACGACAAACUGAGCGUGAAAUUUCCCAAGCUCUACCUCCCCGGCCAGAAGGGAACACUGUUCAACUACAGGAACUUUUUCGUUAGCUUGUUCCACGGCAUCUUCGUCUCGCUCAUCAUCUUCUUUAUCCCUUACGGAGCCUUUCUUCAGACCAUGGGGCAGGAUGGAGAAGCCCCCUCAGACUACCAGUCAUUUGCCGUCGUCACUGCCUCGUCGCUCAUUUUCACUGUCAACCUGCAGAUUUCUCUGGAUACCUCCUACUGGACCUUCGUGAACUGUUUUGCUGUUUUGGGCAGCAUAGCCAUCUACUUUGGCAUCAUGUUUGAUAUCCACAGCGCUGGGAUCCACGUCAUCUUCCCCUCACAGUUCACCUUUACCGGCGUUGCAUCAAAUGCUCUGCGUCAGCCGUACCUGUGGUUAACCAUCAUCCUGACUGUGGGCAUCAGCCUGCUGCCUGUCAUCUGCAUUCAGUUUCUCCAUAAAACCAUCUGGCCAUCCGUGGGAGACAAGGUCCAGAGAAACAGGAAGAAGUAUGAGUUGGAAAUGCAAGAAGAGGAGAAGAAAAAGCCGUCCGCCUUCCAGCGUGGCAGGCGUUCCCGCCGCUCCGCCUACGCCUUCUCUCACUCUCGUGGCUAUGCUGACCUCAUUGCAUCUGGACGGAGCAUUCGGCGGCGCCCAGCAGGCCGUGGCACACCACAGGAAAGCAUCAGGGAGGUACCUCACAGAGAGGCUGAAAAUGUGUGAUUGGAGCUGAGCAGGAGCUUGAGCAGAACCGUAGUCAGAUGGGGUGUAAAUAUUUGGGAAAGUGCAAGGAGCACUUAGUUUAUCUUCCUUGUCAUCUAUGGAGUCGCUGCUAAAAUGGUCAAGAUCAGGAACUCUGCACAGAAGCAGCAGCCCGGUUGGAGUUUAGGUGGAUCUCUUCCUUUGGAGUUCUGAAGUGCCUGAAAAGGUACUGAAGUGCCUGAAAAAGCAGGCGCUCCUAAAGUCACUCAUGUUUUACAAGUGAAAUGAGUGGCUUGGUUUACCACCAGCAUUAACCUGAUCUGCUGAAAUGAAGUGCCACUGAAUGUGUUUGUGCUCCAGUCUGUCUGGUCCUGACUCCACUGCCUUUAGUUCCUCUUCUAUGCACAGACUCUUUGAUGAAAAUAAAGCAGAAAAAAAAGCUCACCGAAGACACAACCGCCGUUACUGGGGUUUGAGGUCAUACAGUGACUGUGUGACUGACAAUGUUGUUUAACUCAGGAUUUUAAAAAUGAAAGUCUUAUUUUUUUAGUUGGUUUGUCCCUGCUCACUGCUGCUGUGGGUGAAUAUGAAGCCAUAAUGUUGUUUAACAUGAUGCUUUUUGACAUCCACAGUUUUAUCCCCACAUCUACAGAGCACUUGAUAUGUUUAGUGUUUAAUUAAAAUGAUAAAAUGCAUAUUUGGCCAAUUUGUCCGUUAGAUACUUGAAAUCAGGCUGCAACUACUGUUUUUAUUUCUGUCUGUUGAGAUGAAAUUACAGACAUUCUCCUUCAUAUUAAAAAAGGGACUAAAACUAAACAUGUCAAGGGUAUCCUCUUUUAAUGUUUUAUUAUGAAUAAUGCUAGGAUGUUACUAUGCCACAGUAUGCAAAGUGGUCAGAUGUUAUAAAGUGUGUCUUAAUUUAAAAAUAAGUUGUGAAUAAGUGCUGUAUCAAGUGUCCUUACUGAUGGGUGUUGUAGUCAGAGAUUUGAGAGACUAUGACUUGUUUUCAGCCUUCAGAUCUUUUUAAAACCCUCUUUCAAAGCUGGAUCCUAAUAUUUGUCCUCUUACUUUUGUCCGUUUUUUUAAAAUAUAUUUCUAAGGUGCUGUAAACACUUUUGCCGUCUUACUUUCUUUCUAACAGCAGUGUCACAAUUUCUUUUCUAGUUAAGGAAUGAUAUUAAAGUGCUCCAUACUUCUAAUGGGUAAAGAAACACAGCUAGGAGGUCUUGGUUUAUCUUCAUUUGAUGAUGUCUUUGUAGUUUGUUCUUCUGUUAAUUUUUGUGACUUCUUCUAAAUCACACGUUCAUUAAGUGGUGAAAAAAAUCUUGAGGAUUUUCUAUGUGUAUCACUGGUUGUUUACAACAAACCCAAAGAUAUUUGUGUUUCUCCAGUACUUUAAUCACAUUUAGGAUAUACGCUAAACAGUGCUAAGCCAAAACUGACCUAUUUCUGUUCUGUCACUGUAUUCCCUUCAUGUUAGUGUUACUGUAUGCACAUAAUGUCUUAUUAUUGAAUGAGUGGAGGCAGUAGAUGAGGACUGCUGUUGAUUGUACCAGCAACAGUUUGAUCUCUGUCAUCUGAUGGUAUUUUAUCAAGUGGUUGUUAAUUAAAGCCAAGGGCACAUUUAGCAAUCUGAAA